AUGCCUAUCGGCACAACAGACUCCCAUGAUCCUUCGGACCAAGUUCCUGAUCGUGUGACAGGUGCAUAUAGCCUGAAGCGACGGGGAACUGAUCACGACGAACAGUGCACAUACAUCACUGAUGUAGAAAUACUCUCCGCAUCUGAGCUCGUCGAAUCCGCCCAAUAUGAUCCCCCACUGCAGGAUGAAUGCAGGUUCGGACACAAUGCCUUUGUGCGGGGCUGCACCAGUCAUCGGUAUGGCGAUGGUCCUGCCUUAUAUGUUGAUCUCGGAACGAGAUGCUGUUCACUCUCAGAAGACGAGAUAGAGAUCUCAGUGGACAUAGACCAGCAUCAUAUGGACAACAAAGGUGUUCCGAUGCAAAGGGUCUGUUGGUGUCUACAUCGUUCCGCCUUUCCAACGAAACCAGGCAUAUACAAGCACAAUCACACCUAUGUAGAGAUCACCAUACCGCAGUCGGAAGAGGAUGCAAAUUCACCCGGUGGGAGGACUGAAUGGCUCUCCAAACGAUUUCCCAUGUCUGCCAUCCCUCAUGUCUGUAUGGGCCGCAUAUCAUCAGCAUCAUCGACACUCAAUCUAUACAUCGCGUUCCCAAGGAUGAUUCAUCAGCACCCAACGAACGGUCGGAGAAUCACUCUGAUGCCAAAGGAGGUCUUGGACAUAUUCUGGGAUAGGGUACUGCUUCCAUCGAUUGGACAGUGCACCGACGUCAGCUGGGAGCCCUACCUGAAACACACAUUGGAGGAAGCACGUUACAAAGGCCAGAGAAACGCAUGGAAGCUCGCAUACGUGAUGGAGGACCCUGAGCUCAGCAUGUAUGGGUCGUCUUUCUUUAUUCUGGAAGGAAAGGGAAUCAAGCUGCUCACGAAGGAUGGCCAGAGGGGGCGUUUCUCAGGACCAGAAGAGGCCCUGCGUCGCAACCUGCCUGACCUUGACUGGCAAUAUAUGAUGAACAGGAGGCAUGGCGAACUGCUGGUAGAUGUGGGUGUCUCAUUCACGCCCCACUCUCCAAAUGUCCCACUCGUAGGGGUGUGGCGCUUAGAUGCACUGGAAGCAUCAUUUGGAGCGGGAGGCUACAAAAGAGGGGAGAUACAUCAUCACAACACGCUGUCUAGAUAUGGGGCGCUGCAGGCCGAGAUGCAACAGGAGAGAUCUCAGCAGACGCACAUCGCAUUCAGGAGCACCUACAACCUGUACUAUGAGUCGAUUCGAACAAACAGCAACCAAGCGAAUUUCGCAUCCGACAGCGACGCCUAUAAGCUGUCCCCAUCAUAUAUGGCUGAAUGCACCGAAAUCGCCAAGGUCGUCGAGGGUUGCAAGGAGAAAACAUAUGGUGUCAGGGAUGAGUAUAGGGUGAGCGGACAUGCAGCCAGAAUCAUCCUGGAAAAUGUGGAAGAAAAGGCCAGAGAAUACCUGAAAUCAGAUCCAGUCCUGUGGAUUCCAUCCAAGAUCUGGUUCGAGCUUCUGAGGAGACGGGUGCGGGAGAUUCAGAGGACCCAGAUAUCCAUUGUCAGAAAGAAUCCACCGAAUCUUGGCGUUCUCACUGGAGUGCUCAACCACAUGCUUCGCUCUACAACAUCAACUCCUAUCAUCUACGACUCUCACAUCCGUGAAUCUCUUGCCCUACUCGAGUACAGAAACAUCCUCGAAACUGCAGGAAUGUUUUUCUUACACGACUUCGACAUCAAUAGCGACACCUGCCUGACUGAGGUGCAGCAAAUCGAUGACGUGCAUGUACUGGCCCUCAUGGGAGUCAAUGCAAAGGCUCAAAGGGACCGGGCAGUGAGCAGAACUAAUGUAUGGCAAAGCACCGAGUCUGAACUGGAGGACUAUCCUCUUGGUCGCACACCAACAUGGACUCGACUCAAGGCAGCCAUGUCAAACUCGCCUGCAAUGAUCAUGAGACCCUGGGUGUGGUCACCCAGAUUGUCCAACACUCAACUCUCCGUCGGACGUUCGGUGGUCAUGUUCACUAGGCACAUGUGGCUGAUGCUCACACCCGAAAUCUUCAAGGGCAUCAGACCUCACCCAAACUCGCUUCAAGAGGCCAUGAAGUGCUGGACAAUCACCAGCAUCGAUGACACUCUCGCUGCAGUCGCAUUUGAAGCAUGCAAUGCCGGGCUGAAUGAUAGUACGGGCGUCACUCCUGGUCGCAUGGGUCCGAAGUCGAGGCCCUUCCUUGACAGGUGCACUCUGUUCUUUCCCGACCCUGAUGCCGCCCAUAAGGACAAUACUCAGUGGUCUGGGCUUUGGGAGGGCGAUGGAUACAUUGCAGAAUUUCACAGGACGAUGAAGGCGAUGGAUGAGGAUCAGCAACAGUUGCUGAAACAGGGAUUACGUGAGGUAUUUUCGGAACUUCACUGCCUUCCUGCUAGCGGAGCAAGAGUGUGGACGCAAAAGAACGAAUCAAUUGUGUUCACGACCAAUCCAAUAUUCUACAAGAUCGAUUGUAUUGGAAGGGGAGGAGAGAGUCAGAAGAGGGCCCCAAAAGCACGUCGAACGAUGAAGCUGAUCAAGGGUAAACGCAUAUUUGCAGCCGACCUCAUGGACUCACAACCCUUCGACACUGAUGGCAAUCUGCGGAGAAAGACAGAGAGACAGAAGCGGCGGGAACUUCAGAAGAAAAUGACCAUGGCCAGGAAAAACAAGAGAGUCCCCCCUCCCACACGUCCACGGAGACCAUUUCCCAUGACCCAACUAGAAGAUAUUGUGGAAUGA